AUGAAGUUAUUUCAAUUGGAAAAAGACAAAAAGCUACAAGUGUUCAAAUCAAUUGAUCAUGCUGGAUUAUCAUUAAAUUUAAGUAUUGAUGUUAAUAAAAAAGUUAUAGAUAAAGCAAAAUAUGAAGGAGAUUUAACUAUUUUACCAUUAAUUUCAGGUGGAUAUAUUGCUAGUAAUUCUGUUACAUUCUCUGAUGGUAAAAAAAUUGAUCUUAAUGGAAAUUUCUUAUUAGAUUCUGGUGCUGCUUUUAUAUAUAUGCUUAAAGAAUGGGCAGAUCCAAUUCUAACUGAAUUAGGUGGUGGGAAAUUAAAUUCAGAUUAUUCAUUUGAUUGUUCAUUAAGAAAUGAAAAUAAAAAAUUAGCAAUUAAUCUUAAUGGAGUUGAUAUAAACAUUCCAUAUUAUGGUUUUUUUUUAUCAAUAUGGUCCAAAAUGUUAUUCAACAAUUCAAAUUGGAGCUGA